GGACCAGUACCCAAAGCAGUAUUAGGUCGGGAAAUCAACCCUCUUGUUCUGCGACAUAGGAAGCCUCUGUUCAUUAUGUGGACAUCCACUAGAGAAGAUCUACAAAAGGAAAAUUGGAUACCAAACCACUUUGUUCCUCUCAUCCAAGUUUGUGGUCGGAAUGAGAAUUUCACAGAUGACUCUGAUGAAAAUAUUGAGUUGGAUGACAGUCUCCUGGAUACAUUGCUUCAGACAGUUACUGAUUCACAGGAGAUGGAAAGCCCAAUACCAGUAAUAGCCUGUUCACAGGAGCUGGAAAGUCCAAUACCAGUGAUAGCCAGUUCACAGGAGAUGGAAAGUUCAAUACCAGUGAUAGCCAGUUCACAGGAGAUGGAAAGUCCAAUACCAGUGAUAGCCAGUUCACAGGAGAUGGAAAGUCCAAUAAUAGCCUAUCAGGGAAACCAUCAUUCACGGUCUUUGGAAAGUCCAAUAACAGCAAUUUCACAGGCAAUGGAAAGUCCAAUAGCCAGUUCACAGGAGAUGGAAAGUCUAAUAGCCAGUUCACAGGAGAUGGAAAGUCUAAUGGCCAGUUCACAGGAGAUGGAAAUUCUAAUGGCCAGUUCACAGGCAAUGGAAAGCCCAAUAGCCAGUUCACAGGAGACGGAGAGUCCAAUAAAAGCCUAUCAGGGAAACCAACAUGUCCAGAGUCCAGCAAUCAUUGAUGAUGAGAAUUUAGCAAGUGUGGGUGAACAGAAUCAAGCAACCAUGGACAACAGGUGCAGGAAUGGCCGUUUGUCUCAUUCUUUGAGAAGAAAAGAGGGGGUUGGGUGAUGGGUUCAUUAAAGCAUGCCAUCAUCACCGCUGAUAUUUUAUCUAAAUUGGACCCCCCACAAAUUGAGAUGUAUGGAUCCAGAAUGUUAUACAAAUUUGAAAUGGUGUGAAGAUGAGAACAGAAGAAAUAAUGAAAUUCAUAAAUUGGAAAUAAACUUUUGAAGAAAUACAUAAAAA